AUAUUUUUUUUUUACAAAAAACAAAUUUUGGGAUAAAUAAAUAUGAGAGAGAAGUAGUAGAUUGUAUUGCUCCACACUCUUCAUCCGUCUCGUAUACGCAAAUUCGAUUGCCCUCGCCGACGCCAUGGCUAAAAGCUCGUUUAAGUUGGAACACCCUCUCGAGAGGCGACAGGCUGAAGCUGCUCGUAUUAGGGAGAAGUACCCUGACAGAAUCCCGGUUAUCGUGGAGAAGGCCGAAAGAAGUGACAUCCCUGAUAUUGACAAGAAAAAGUAUCUAGUUCCUGCUGAUCUUACUGUCGGGCAAUUUGUAUAUGUUGUCCGCAAAAGAAUUAAGCUCAGUGCUGAGAAAGCCAUCUUUAUCUUUGUGAAGAAUGUGCUCCCUCCUACAGGUGAGGAGAAACUUCUUAAUCCAGUAGUCCUUUGCUUGUUCUUGUUUCAUCUUUUUAAAAAUAUGCUCCCUUAUUUUUACAGCUGCAAUGAUGUCAGCUAUCUAUGAGGAAAAUAAAGAUGAGGAUGGGUUCCUAUACAUGACUUACAGUGGCGAGAAUACUUUUGGAUUGCUCUGAGAUUGAAGCUCAGUGGAGCUAUGUACAUAGUCAAAUAACGCUUUGUAAAUAUUUUCAGUUAUCCUUCUGGUGUUAUCUUCUCGAAAGAUUGUCUUUGACUUUUCUGAAUUGGAAAAUGUCGAUACUUUAGUGGCAUCUAAUUAUAUAUAAUUCAGUUUCCUUAUCA